AUGUCCCGUGCGGAGGAGCGCGAGGAGGCGGACUGUGUGUGUUCAGUCGGGAUGAAGUUCACGUGGGACAUCAACGACCCCAAACUCCCGCAGGACACCAAGCAGUGUGACUCGUUCCAGGAGUGGACAGACGGUUACGUUCGAUUUAUUUACAGCGGUGACGAUAAGAACGCUCAGAGACAUCUUUCGGGUUGGGCGAUGAGAAAUACAAACAACCACAACUGUCAGAUCCUGAAGAAGUCGUGUUUAGGCGUGGUGGUCUGUUCUCGAGGCUGCACGCUGCCGGACGGCUCCAGACUUCAGCUCCGCCCCGCCAUCUGUGACAAGGCGCGGCAGAAACAGCAGAAGAAGCUGUGCCCGAGCUGCAACGCCCCUCUCGAGCUGCUGCCAUGUCGAGGUCACAGCGGUUACCCCGUCACCAACUUCUGGAGAAUCGACGGGAAAGCAAUCUUCUUUCAGGCUAAAGGAGUCCACGACCAUCCCCGCCCUGAGUCCAAGUCUGAGACUGAAGCCAGAAGAAGUACAGUAAAGAGACGAGUCAGCUCGCCGCCGUUUACGCCCAAACGCCGCCUCCUCGAACCUCAGGCUCUAGGCCCCGCCCUCCUCUCCUGUGUUGACCCAUCAGAGAGAAUCUCCUUCAUUGAGCCAAACUUCACCCAGCAUUACCCAUCAUUCCAGAGCCCAGAGCCAUACUACAACCACAAUGCACUGGGAGAGGCCCCACCCACACUCCAGAAACCAGCCAAUCCACGGCUAUAUAUGGGCCGACCCAGUUAUGAGUUCCAGGGAUACCUGACCUCACCUUCAUAUCCCAUGACCUCUGACUUCUGUGACCCCAGGGUGACCCCAGUCCUGGGUCCAUCCUCCUCCUCUAACUCCUCUUCAGUUCCUAUCUCCUCCUCCUCCUUCGAGCCCCAGUCCAAGACUGCUUCAGGCUGGAAGGAACUGCUGAAGACCUCCGCCCCCUAUGGAGACAACCACCAUUACUACAGCACAGAGUACCCCUGCCGUUACCCCAACAAUGCUCCAGGGUCACCUGCAGCCCUGCAGACCAUCAUCACCACAACAACCAAGGUGUCCUAUCAGCCCUGUCCAAAGCCUCCUGCUGCGCUUCCUUCAUACCAGUCCUGUCCUGCCCCCAAACCCCCUGGCCUCCCUGGCUGCUCCUCCCUGCUGGACGACUCCCCCUCCUCCUCGUACUCUACAGAGGUGAAGGUGACUGAAGAGUCAGGUGGAGUCAUCAAGUCUCUGUCAUUUCAGCCUGAAGCCUUGCAGACUAAAACAGAGCGGACUGAUGGCUACGACUACCGCUACACCUACCCCAACACGUACCGCUACGACGACUACUGAGCUAGCACUGCUACAUUGCUGUUACCAUGACUACUAUUUUCAAGACUACUAUUACCACGAACACUGUUAUCAAGAAUACUGUUACCAUGACUACUGUUGCUAUGACUACUGUUUCCAAGACUACUGUUUCUAAGACUACUUUUACCAUGACUACUGUUACCAAGACUGCUGUUGCUAUGAUUACUGUUUCCAAGACUACUGUUUCCACAAAUAUUGUCACAAAAUGUUCACCUUUGCCACCAUGACGACCAUGUCUAAGCAUUAUGAUUGGACGCCUCCUUUAGCUGGUCGUACACGGUCUGCUUGGUGAAAACAUAGAGGCGCUCGUUGGACUAAAGUCAGACUGAACUGAACCUGGUCCCUGAGACUCUUACUGGAGAACUUUUCUGAUCCCAAAGGAAGAUCCUACCCAACACUGCAGCUCCUGACUCCUGUAGCGCUCCCUUCAGGACAACAAGUGAAGAAGAGUCACUCUGGGAACUAUAAAACGCAGGACUCUGACCCACAUGCUGACUGUUUCUGGAUCUGACCUCAGAUAAAAGAAGGACUCAAAGCCAGCUUUAAAGGUUUGGUUUUUAUCAUGGCGUCCUGUCUGUAGACGGUCUCUGUAGCAGCAGGGGUGUGUCUUCAGAUGUGGUUGAGAUAAAGUUCUCAUGAAGCCUAUGAGUCAGGACUGAAGCUUCAGCCACACGAUGCCUCACUAUGAUUUUGAAUGAAUGGAUAAACUGUUGAGUCAGGUCGUUAUAAACCUUGAACAACCUCGGAGAGAACCAGCUCUUUAUCGAAUGUUCUCUCUUUUAUCGUAGAACUUCUCUUACUCAGAAACCUCCAGGUCUUACUCAUAACAAUGUAAAGUAUUAGAUCCUCUCCAAAGAGUUCCUAAAGCUGCAGGAGUUCUGAUCGGGGUGUUUGGAGUUAUUUAUUGGAUCAGUUUGUUACCUGACUGAACUCUUCUGUGGGAUUCAA